CGAGAUUCUUCCGCAAAUAGUAAUAUAUAAAAGAGUCAACUAAGCAACACGUAAUUUCACAUUGUGGCGAAAAAUAUUCGAGCACAUUUCCCGUACAGCACAACUAAAAUUUCUAUCAGCCUCGGAUCAUCUUACAACAAUGAGGCGAUUCAUUCUUCUCGCCUUCAUUGGCGUACUUUUAAUUAAGAAUGUCACACCGAAAAAUCAGAGAUAUCCUUCUCAUCUUGCAUGGUUGUUUGGCUCAAACAAGAACUUAAAUGAAAAUGAGGAAGAAAGUAAGGAAGAAAGUAAGGAAGAAGAUAAGUCGACUGUAUGCCAAUCUCAGGAGUGCAAAAAAAUCGCUCAGAUAAUAUCAGAGAGCAUGGAUAAAUCUAUGGAUCCGUGCGAUGAUUUCUACGAGUACGCGUGUGGAAAAUGGCCGGAGCAUAAUCCUGCUCCAAAAGGGAUGAGUUCCUGGAGUAUGUUUGCAAGUGCACAAAUGAAUGUCAUGAAGCAAAUAAAAGAAAUUUUCGACGAGGGUCCAAAAGACGAUGAUAUGUUGGCGGUAAAGCUUGCGAAAAAGUGGUACACGAUCUGCAUGGAUACAGAUGCAAUGGACAGGCAAGGACUCGAACCGCUUGUCCUUACUCUGGCACGGAUAGGAGGCUGGCCGAUAAUAAUGGAACCGGACGAAUGGAACGAGCAAGAAUACAGCUGGCAAAAAGUUGAUGAUCAAUAUGUGCGCUUGAUUGGAAGAAAUGCUUUCCACGACGUGCGGGUGGACGAAUUAUAUAACGAUUCGAACGAAACCGAGAAAAUAAUACAUAUCUCAAUUCCCCAUUUACCUCCGCGUUCAUACAGACUGUUGAGUACAAUUGUAGUAGACGAGAGCGACGAGGAUACCAGCGACGAGGAGAAGCAAAGCGACGAGCAAAACGGUAGUCAAGAACCUGGAAGUGAAGAUGAAGAUGAUGACAAAAGCAAGAAUAAUGACAAUAAUGACGAUGAAGGAGAUAAUAAUGAUGAUGAUGAAGAUGAUGAUAACGAUGACGAUGAAGAUGAUGAUAACAAUGACGAUGAAGAUGAUGAUAACAAUGACGAUGAAGAUGAUAACAAUAAUAAAAGUAGUGAUAAAGAUGAAGACGAUAAAGAUGACGACAAUAAUGAUAAAGAUGACGAUAAUGAUGAUACAAACGAACAGGAUGAUGAUGAAAACGCGAAAAAGAAAAUCAUUGUAACAAAAACCGGCAAAUUGAAGAAAAAUAAAAAAUUAGAACAUAGUAGAAAGAUUAAGAGCAACACCAAUUCCAAGAAGCAUAAGAACCAUAAGAUGAAGAAAGAAAGGACGAAAAGACGAGCAAUACCGAUAAAUAUUAGCGAUAAAUUACGCGCGCGGAAGGAUGAUAAAAAUCGUAUGAAACAAGCACGAAGAAAAAAAUUAGAGAAAACUUUGGCGGCGACAACACCGCGGAUUAGCACCGAAGAAACGACUGACGAAAUUGAUGAAAUAAAAAAAUACACUGAUUAUAUCACCAAAGUAGCUUGCGCCAUAGCUAAAGCAAGAGACGUCAAAGUUUCGGAGGAACACAUGAAUAGAGAUAUCAAAGACAUGAUCGCAUUUCAAUUAAAACUAGUUGAUAUUUCUGCGGACUUUAGCGAUGAGGAGAAAAUGACGCUCGACGACAUGCAGGAAUGGUACGAUGAAAAAAAUCCUAAAACUUCCAACAGCGCAAUUGACUGGAUGUACAAAAUUGGGGAGUUAUUUGACGAGGCCCACGUGCCCAUAGACAGCGAUUUAAAUGUGGAAAUUGGUCCACCAGAAUAUCUCGAGGAUCUUAUCUCUUUGCUGGACGAAACGCCGAGUCGAACGAUCGUAAACUAUAUACAUUGGAACUUUUUGAGCAGAAUAAUAACAACUACUACAAGUGAAAUGAGAAAAUUAUACGAUGCAUGGGAAGGUAAUGAUGAUGAUGAUGAUGACGAUGAUUUCCUUCCAAAAAGAGCGCUCAAAUGCACACGGAAAGUAGAUAUGAGCAAUAUGCUAGCGUACGAGUAUGUAAGAAACCAUUUCUCUGAUAAUAUCACGACAAUCGCUUCGGAUAUGAUGGACGAUAUACAAAAGGAAGUCGAAUAUCAGAUUAAAGAGUCAGAUUGGAUGGAUGAGGAAACUAAGGAUUUUGUUUUAGCAAAAUUAGUGGAUAUGGGAAAAUUUAUCGGAUAUCCAGACUGGUAUAGAAAUGACACUAUCGUUAAACGAUAUUUUCAAGGACUUAUUCUUGGCAAUUCGUUUUACGAAAACACAAUGAGCUAUCAAAGAUACAGCAAAUGGAAAGGACUACGAAAGUUGCUGAAAGAAGAUGAAGAAGAUGAUAUGAUGACGAUGAGUCCUUUAAUGGUAAAUGCCUUUUUCUCACCGUGGGAUAAUUCCGUAGCUUUCUCUGCAGCGGAUUUCCAGAGUCCAUUAUUCGCUUUCGAUCGACCACAAGCUAUUAAUUAUGGUAUUGUUGGGACAAUCAUGGGCCACGAAGUUAAUCACGGAUUCGAUGAUUCUGGCCAUUUGUAUGAUAAUCACGGAGAGAUUGUCGAAUGGUUAUCCGCAAUGGCCGAUGCAUAUGGCAAAAAGGCAGAGUGUUUUGUAGAACAGUUUAAUAAUUAUCCCAUUGACAAGGAAUCGAAUUAUAAAAUAAAGGACUAUGGCAAUCAAACGGCGGGAGAGAAUAUUGCGGAUACCAUGGGAUUAGAGGCAGCGUUUAGAGCAUACCAAAGGAGAGAAAGACAAUGCGGAAAGCCGAAUACCGUAUUGCCAGACCUGGAGGAUGUAACUAACGAUCAACUUUAUUUCCUAUCCUUUGCCAAUCUAUGGUGCGAAAUGGAUACAGACAUUAUAAAGAGUGCCAAGCAUGACGUUCAUAGCCCCGGACGAUUGAGAGUAAUAGGAAGUGUUUCAAAUUCACAAGACUUCGCCAAAGCUUUCAAUUGCCCAGUUGGCAGUGCGAUGAAUCCCAAAAGAAAAUGUAAUAUCUGGAAGUGACUGCUUUCACGAAUAUUGUAAAUUAAGCUUACCAAUGCUUUAUAAAAAUGUAAAACAAUUGACAAAAGUUUUGUAUCUAUAUAUAUCGAUGAAUAAAAAAAAAGC